CUUCAGCAAAGCCGCUCGUCUCUGCAUCGCGUUCCUCGCGCAAGACCUGUCCAGCAAAUCGACGGAUUCUCCGGACGACUUACCUUAAUUGGAAAAAUAUUGAGAACAACGCAUUACAGUAACAUUUUAUCAAAAUGUCAACUGAAGAAAGCCCAGAUCCAGUGGAAAAGGAAGAAAAUCAUCUGCCGGACAUGAAGGAGAUGCGAUCCGUAGUACUGACUGGUUUCGGUGGACUGAAUAAGAUGCGCGUGAUGAAACGGCCCGAACCCACUCCACAAGAAGGCGAAGUAAUGAUAAGAGUAAAAGCAUGUGGUGUCAACUUCUAUGACUUAAUGGUACGCCAAGGUGCUAUAGACAACCCACCGAAGACUCCACUAGUCCUUGGAUUUGAGUGUUCAGGUGAAGUUGAAUCGGUUGGUGAAGGGGUCACUGAUUUUCAGGUUGGCAACAAAGUUAUGGGUAUUUCUAACUUUGGGGCGUGGUCAGAACUUGUCACCUUACCAGCUAAGUUUUGCUUCCUGAUGCCUGAUGGUCUAAGUUUUGAAGAUGCAGCAGCUCUUCCAAUCAGCUAUGUUACAGCCUACAUUCUGUUGUUUGAAAUUGGUAAUUUGAAGAAGGGGAGAUCAGUACUUGUUCAUUCAGCAGGCGGUGCAGUGGGUACAGCCAUAGCACAGCUGACGAAGACAAUUGGAAACAUUACCUUAUUUGGCACGGCAUCCGCUCACAAGCACGAAACUCUAAAAGACGAUUGGCAGUAUUUAUUUGACAGGCUACAACAAGAUUACCACCAGGAAGUGAAAAAGGUUGCUCCUGAAGGAGUAGACCUUGUAUUAGAUUGUCUUUGUGGUGACGACACUAAUAAAGGAUAUAGUUUAUUGAAACCAAUGGGAAAAUACAUUCUUUAUGGUUCUUCCAAUGUUGUUUCAGGCGAGACUAGGAGCUUCUUCAGUUUUGCCAAAGCAUGGUGGCAAGUAGAUAAAAUCAAUCCACUGAAGCUGUAUGAUGAAAACAAGUCUAUCUCUGGAUUUAUGCUCCAAAAUCUCAUAUUUAAUCAAGGACAUGUUGAAGUAUUACGUGAUGUGAUGGUUGAAAUAGUGAAGCUGUACAAAGAUGGCAAGAUAAAACCUGUUAUUGACUCUGUGUAUGCUUUCGAAGAGAUAAGUGAAGCCAUGCAGAAAUUGCAUGAUAGGAAGAACAUUGGUAAAGUGGUAAUUAGUCCCCUUAAAGAACCACAACCUAAGCCUGAGAAACCCCUGGAUAGCCAAGCUAGUGUUAGUAGUGAUGGAGAAAAAGAACAGGAGAAGGCAGAGGAGGCCAAAUAAGCACAGAAGGACUUCAGGCACAUAUUGUACUGAGAAAAAAAUCAUAAAUACAUAAUCCCCUAUUCAACCAGCUGUGGAGACUCAUCAGCCACCCCUGCAAGUAAAGUAGAAUCUUCCACAGGAGAUGAUUGACUGAUCCAUAUCA